UUAGUCUUCCUUUUUAUUAUUGCAUUUAAGAAGAUUAAGGUGCUUGUUUAGGAAGCCGAGUAAGCCUUUACAAUCUGGGACGAAGUAAGAACCCCUGAAAUAGAUCCAGAUUUGUUUCAAAGCAUGGCUGUGCCAGCUGAGAUGCCCACGCCAGGCUAUCUGGACAUGUUCUCUACAGCCUCCAGCACCAUCAUCAGGGUUUACCGAGAGUGCGAGGACUGUGGCACCGAACUGGCCAUACAGACUCUAAUAGACAAUGCUCAUAUCAGACCUGCUGAGAUCCUGCUCUUCUUCUUCUGCGUGGUGAUGUGGACUGGACUCAGGUGGACUCUGACCACCUACGUGUUUGUGCCGUUCGCCCAGUGGUGUCGUCUCAUGCCUAAAGACGUGGCGAAGAUGCCCGAGAGUGCUUGGAAGCUGGUCUUCUACUCCAUGUCCUGGUCCUACACCACCUACCUGCUGUUCUGCUGCAACUACGACUUCUUUCAGAACCCGCCGUCUGUGUUUUACAACUGGAAGAAUGGGAUGCCAGUGCCUGUGGAUAUUGCUUUUGCCUACCUGAUCCAGGGGAGCUUCUACGGACACUCCAUCUACGCCACCAUGUACAUGGACGCCUGGAGAAAAGACUCAGCUGUCAUGUUACUGCAUCAUGUGAUCACGCUGGCACUGAUCAGCUUCUCCUACGCCUUCAGGUACCACAACAUCGGGCUCCUGGUGCUGUUUCUACACGACAUUAACGACGUCCAGCUGGAGGUCACCAAACUCAACGUCUACUUCAAGAGCCGCGGAGGAAAAUACUACCUGAUCAAUGACAUCCUGUCCACCAUCGCGUUCGUCAGCUUCGGAGUCACGUGGUUCUGGUUCAGGUUGUACUGGUUUCCUCUGAAGGUGCUUUACGCCUCCUGUAUCACCAGCCUGCAGUCCGUACCCACAAUUCCUUUCUACUUUUUCUUCAACAUCCUGCUGUUCAUUCUGCUCCUCAUGAACAUCUACUGGUUCCUGUUCAUAGUGCAGUGUGUGAUGAAGGUGCUGACCGGACAGCUGAAGGAGGUGAACGAUGUGCGCGAGUACGAGGAGGAGGAGGGUCAGGAGGCUCUCAACGGCAAGUUGCACAAGCCAGGAAAUGGGAACUCCGCUGAAGGGAAUCAUGUGCAGAACGGAGUCUCCAAGAAGAAAGAGCUGUAGGUGCAUCACUAGCGCCACCUGCAGGUACCAAACAGCCAUGGAAGGAACAACAAGGGUGAAGAUUCUUUCACUCAGACCAGACACUCCAGAAUCAUUCUGCAGGAAUCAUUUCAGAUUUGUUUUUUGACGCACUGUGAACUUUAUUUCAGUCGAUUCCUGGUUUUAAUAUCAAAAUGUGGGACCUAAUUAUGAAAAUUUUAGAAUACUGGUGUCAUGAUGAAGUCUAGAUCUGUGACUGAUGUGUGUUUUACCUGUCUACUGACUUAUCGAUUCAUUUCCACGUGUUUGCGUUUGUUCAUUCGUGUUUAAUCUGGCCCCACAGUGUCCGUCUUACCUCAAAUGUAGGGCCGAGAGAUUGGACUUUGAUGUCCAAGUUUGGGCCCAUUAUACACCGCAUGGCCCAAAGUAUUCGGACACCUGAUCAUGAGCUUGCCGGACAUCCCAUUCCAAAAACAAAUUAUAUUAUCACUCUAUUUACAUUUACAUUUACAUUUUCGGCAUUUAGGAGACACUUUUAUCCAAAGCGACUUACAGCACUGUGACAGUAUAUUGUCUAAGCAAUUGAGGGUUAAGGGCCUUGCUCAAGGGCCCAACAGUGGCAACCUGGCAGUGGUUGGGCUUAAACCAGCGACCUUUCGAUUACUAGUCCAGUAAUUUACCCGCCAGGCUACCACUGCUCUCUAUUCUUUCCUGAGAAGGCCUCUCACAAGACGUGUGUGGGAAUUUGUGCCCGUUCAAUCACAAUAUUGUCGGUCGAGAAAGCCUCUGGAAAGUAGGUGUUCCAAUUCAUUCCAAAGCUGGACUGGUUGAAACAUAUUACACGCCUGUUUGCACCUUUUGUGGCUGAAACACAUGGAAAAUUAGAAGUGGUGUCCCAAUACUUUCGUCCUGUAUAAAAGUCAGUCGAAUUAAUUGGGUAGGAUUAAGAAAUAUGAAACAUUUAAGGGCUUAUUUAGGAUUACUGGAUUAUUGAGAGCGGAUUGCUCAGGCUUUUACUUGUGGUUAUAAAUGUGCUGUUUGUUUACGUCCGUUGAUUGACAGAUUUUUAUUGGAUAUGUCCAAGCACUGUAUGUUUGCUUCUGCUUUAUUUCUCGCUUGAGAUUAGAAUUAUUUUGGGGUUUUUUUUAUGGUUAUGGGUAUCAAAUCAUAAUUAUAAUUUUUAAAGCAUAAUUGGGGUAAUUGGACGCAGUACACUGUAACAUGCAUUACAACCAGCCAAAACAUUAGGACCACCCGCUUGGAGACCAGGACCCUACAAGACAUCUAGAGGAGUUCUGUGGUAUCUGGUACCAGGAUGUUACCAGCAGGUCUUUUGAACUUCUGUAUCAGCAGUCAGGGUGCUGGAUUAGCAAUCAGAAGGCUGCCUGCUCAAGCCCCACUAGCGCAUGUAAAUGCCAUAAAUGUAAACCUAAUACAGGUAAAUGAACAGAAUCGUUCACAUAAACUUCUUCUAUUGCUCUGAUGUCCAGUUCUGAAGCCUGUGUGCACAUUGUAGGUGCUUUAGUUAGAUUACAUUGUAGGUGCUUUAGACAAUCAGUCAGCAUGGGCGCUUUGACUGGCCUCAGAUCAACAUCUAAUAGAUCCCUUAUCCUCACAUGCACCAGUGUUAUAAAACAGACAUUGUCAUGCACAUUUUUGGGUCUGGUCCUAAUGUUUUAGCUCGUCUGUGUAUAUUAUCGAUACUACACUAAAAUCUUUAGAACUGUAUGAAUGUUUACCUGACCCCAACAGCUUUAUGUAAUAGGUAAUCUAGCCCUGGGUUGACAGAGAAGGUGGCCCAAACACAGAGACCUUAAAUGACCUUUGGGAAGAUGGAAUGAGGUUAAUGGCUUUUUUCAUUAAACCCAAUUAAUAAUAAAAGGGCUUUUGGAUAAUGCAUGCUUAAAGUAAACACUCAGCUGCUAAUAAGUGCAUGAAGGUAAACAAAACCUGAUCCAGAAGCCCAACAGAACAAACAUUUAGUUCCAGCGUGUGUUUACGUCUGGUCCGGACAAUGUUUAGUCUUUACAAUAAUGACAAUAAGAGCAUUGUGAACAAUCGCCGGCGGCCAGCUAGUGGCACUAGGGUCACGUUUCAUUGACUGUGAGCUUUAUUCAACCAAAUACCGCCGUUUAUUAGCCUUACUACCACUCAGCAGUGGUGGUUCUGAAGCAGCCCAGUUAAAAAAUGGAUGUAAAAAAGCAUGUAAAGCAUUAAACAUUUCAGAACUCUUAUUAGAAAGCUAAGAACUUUAGUUUAGAACGAAAAGGGCACACUCGUUUUAUUGAGUGAUGCUUCCAUUGUCUUUCUGACGCAGAAAAACCCAUCAGACAGAAAGCAUGUGUGCACCACUGGACCUCCAGAACCACUGCAGUGCAGCUUCAUUAUUUAUACUAAUAAUAGCCCUGAUAAAGCAGGUAUUCUACUUGUUAAAAGGAAAUGAAUUCGGUUGUACCCUGAGAUGUUUUCCAGUGUUCAAAAAGUCGCUGACUGUGCCAAAAUUAUGUAGACACAUCCUGAGCUGCUAGUUAAUCAGAUUCACCUGCCAUAUACAAGAUUCUGCCCCCCUGUGAGCCUCUUCUGUGAUGGUCCUGACAACACAAACACUGUUCAGAGCAACAGAUGGACCAGUCAGUGAUUGUACAUCAGUGGAAGAUUGCUUAGCCUGAGACAGAGAGGUGUUGAUAUGUAGUGAUGGAACAGGUAUUCAGAGCAAACAGACGGUUGUUUAAUGCUGUUUUAUUCUUUGUUGGUUAGGAAAUGAACUAAAAGGGUGAAAGUAUUUGCUAUUAAUGUUUAAAUUUAGAGCAUUUAGUACUUUCAGAACUUCAGGUCGAGUGUUCACAGCACAGAAGCGUUACUACGCUGCAGAAUUAAAUUGACGUGCAGUUGCACUGUUUUACCAGAUAUGUAUAUUUCUAUAUACAUGGUACUUUUGCUCUUGUGAAAUCCGCCGGUAAAGUAGUGGAACAGCAGGAUGAUCACUCUUAAAUCAUCGCUUUAUAUGCUUAAAAACAAAACAAACAUUAUUGAACUUAUUUUCUACCAUAUUUUCCUCAGAAUAACCAGGAUAAUUCAUUCAAUGUAAUGUAAUAUAAAUCAGGGUCAGGGUCCCCCAGGAAGCACAGGGCACAAGGUCAGGGUGUGGACCAGUCACAGGACGUUAGCAAUCCCCCCCUCAGACAAAGCCAGUCAUGUGAACAUAGAUGCCCCGCCGGCCGAUAGCACCGCUGAUAUUCGAAUCCGGAUCUCAAAGGUGACACGCCAUCAAAAACUUGCAUGUUCCCAAUUUAUAUACAACUCUUUUUAGCUGUAAAAUGUGUUAGCCCACCACUGCUGGGAUCGGCCUGGUGGCUACACAGAUGCCUGGUGGGUUGUGUGUAUGUAGAGGAAGCAAUGGUCAAAGCUUGACCCCUUACUACCCAGCCGAGGUGCCUGCACAGGGCGAAUGAUCAAGGAUAGCACUGUGUGGCUCUGUGCAUGGAAUACUGCGAUCAAUGGGUUUUGAGUGUGUCAGAAGGGGCAUGUUUGUUUAUUAGGAUUUUAACGUCAUGUUUUACACUUUUGGUUACAUUCAUGACAGGAACGGUAGUUACUCAUUACACAAGGUUCAUCACUUCUCAAGUUUAUAUCGAACACAGUCAUGGACGAUUUAGUAUCUCCAAUUCACCUCACGUGCACGUCUUUGGACUGUGGGAGGAAACCGGAGCACCCGGAGUAAACCCACACAGACACGGGGAGAACAUGCAAACCACAAAGAAAGGACCCGGACCGCCCCACCUGGGGAUCGAACCCAGGACCUUCUUGCUGUGAGGCGUCAGUGCUACCCACUUAGCCACCGUGCCAGAAAGGGCAUGCGAGAUAAUGGCAGCAGAGAUGUCAGAGAGCUAGACCUUAACUGGACUGGUUAAAUAAGGGAAAAAUUAAUAAAUACCUAAUAAGUACCAACUUUUUCUGUAGGCAGACUGGAGCUAUAAAACCCUGCAGCCUUUAGAGACGGAAUGUUGCACAGACGAAGAAAUUCUGCAGAAUCUAAAACUGCUUUUUAAUUGAAUUGUUUUCUGGUGUUAAUUGUGCGUCGAUUAGUUUCUUGUGUAAUUUGCACUUUUCUAUUUGGACCACAAAUCUGGAAACUUGAAGGACUGAGAUGUUUCGCUCUGACCGGUGUGAUUACUGCUGUAUGAACGAGAACGCACUAUUUUUCUAUACCGGAACCGUUUCGGUGAUUCCGCUGACCCGGUCCUGUUGUACACAUUUUUUUCCAGGGAAUAAAAAUCUGUCAAAUGAAAA